AUGGCUUCUUCAAACGCGGAUUUGAAGACGAGAAUAGCUACAUUACGACAUGAAAUCUUGUCGUACAAACCAGGCAAGGCUGUAUCUUGUGAUGAUGAACGAGUGGUGUUUCCUGAUAAGCUUGUCGUUGGUAUGUGCGGGUAUACGCCCGCCAUAGUCCCUACUCUGAGACGCGCUCUUCAUGGAGACGUUAAGCCGAGCAAGCAUGCUGAGAUUCGACAAACAUCUACUGAGGAUCAGGAGGAUCUGACUGAUUCUAUAUCUGUCAUCACGAAAACAUUCAAUGCGGGCCGCGUCCCUCCAUCUGCUAUAUUUUCUUACGGAGACGUCCCCAAAGCGAGAAAUAAAUUGAAGCAGCUCGGGAUCACUGAUAUAUACGAAAUACCUAAACCUGGUGGCUCUCUCUCAGAUGACGACCAGUUGCAUUUGCUUGACCUUCUACGUGGAUGCCUUUAUGAAGGCGACAGAACGUUAGCAGCUAAUGAUCUGAAGAAGAUGUGCACGAAUCCACGAUGUACGUUGUUCUAUGAGAAAACCAAGAAAGAGGUGAAAGAGGCGAAAGAAGAAAAUCAGAAGAUGUUCACAGAGGUCCAAGAGCAAAAUCAGGAAUUAAAGAAAGGGAGAGAGGAAGACAGAGGAAGAUCUGAGAAAGAGAAGCGCUCACUGGCAGCAGAAAUGACGAAGAAACUAGAGUCUAAGCAACAGCAUGUAGACACUUUGACACAAACCGUAGGGGAGAAAGAACGAAAUGAGACGACUCUAAGACAACAAGUUGAGGAGUUAAAGAAAGGAAGAAAAGAAGACGGAGCAAGAUCGGAGAAAGAGAAGCGCUUAUUGGCAGCAGAUAUGACGAAGAAACUCGAGUAUAAGCAACAGCAAGUUGACACUUUGACAGAAAUCGUAGGAGAGAAAGAGCGAAAUGAGACGACUCUAACACAACACAUUGAGGAGUUAAAGAAAGGAAGAAAAGAAGACGGAGCAAGAUCGGAGAAAGAGAAGCGCUUAUUGGCAGCAGAUAUGACGAAGAAACUCGAGUCUAAGCAACAGCAAGUUGACACUUUGACAGAAAUCGUAGGAGAGAAAGAGCGAAAUGAGACGACUCUAACACAACAAGUUGAGGAGCUAAAGAGAGGAAGAGAGGAAGACAGAGUAAAAGCUGAAAAAGACAGAGGAAGAUCUGAGGAAGCAAAGCGCUCAUUGGCAGAAGAAAUGAGGAAGAAACUCGAUUCUAAGCAACAGCAUGUAAACACUUUGACAGAAACCGUAGAGAACAAAGAGCGAAAUGAGACGACGCUGACACAACAAGUUAAAGAGUUAGAGAAAGGAAGAAAGCAAGACAGAGCAAGAUCUGAGAAAGAGAAGCGCUCAUUGGCAGCAGAUAUGACGAAGAAACUCGACUCUCAGCAACAACGCGUAGACACUUUGAUAGAAACCGUAAGGGAGAAAGAACGAAAUGAGACGACUCUAAGACAGCAAGUUGAAGAGCUAAAGAAGGAGCAUGACUAUAAGGAACAGCUUUUGGAGCAACUUGAGCGUGAGACCUGGAAGCUGAGAACCAAAAUUCAACUAGAAAGUGAGAUACGAUCAGCAGAGCAGAAGAAGAAAGCAGAGACACAUCAAUGGAGUUUCAUUCCUUGGGUGAAUUCUGGAAAACAAGCUCAGGGUGGCACAUCAUCUUUUGUGGAUAAUUCAACCGGAGGACUGGGAAGGAGUCAUAUAUUACAAUCAGGGUGAGAUGAAAUAUAUUUACUCUUAACAUGACAAUGGACGCAUUAUUUAUCUUAUUGUGACAACA